AUGAGUAUUGCUCCAAUUCCAAAUUAUGCAAACUAUUGGACAGGAUCAGGUAUGGAUCAUUCACUAUAUGCAUGCAAGCUAAUCCAGAGAAUUAUGAGUAGAAGAAGGUUCCAAGAAAUUCAUACGUUUCUCAGUAGUGAACCACAAAUAAUUGAGGACAAAAUCAAUUCUAACAGUAGAAAAUAUUGGUUGUGCGUUAGAGAAGUUUCGGUUGAUGAAAUAAUUGCAGCAUUCAAGGAAAAAGUUAGGUUCAAGCAAUACAUUCCCUUAAAACCUCACAAGUAUGGGCUGAAAUACUAUGCGUUAUCAGAUUCAACAGGAUAUAUUUAUGCAUUUUGGUUGUAUCAAGGAAAAGAGUCCAGGUACACCCAUAACCCAACGUUUAUCGUUUUAGAUUUAGUCGCGCAUAUAUCUCCAGUAAAUCACAUUUUGGGCGUGGAUAAUUAUUAUGGGUCGUUAGAACUUGCUACUAAACUCUCUGCAAAAGGAUGGAGGUUUGUUAUGACAGUGAAGGGAAACAGACCAACAUUUUUGUUUAACGAGGGUUUGCAAAAAAAGCUACCAGGAACUAAAACAAAACAGUGGAUUCAUGCGGUCAACAAGGAAAAAACUUUGGUUGUGGUGUCUCUGAAUGACAACAAGAGAGUGAAUUUUCUAACUAAUGUGGGAAGCAAUCAAUUAAUUAACAACAAGCCAUAUGUUCAGCACAUGUACAACAUUUCGAUGGGUGUGUCUACAAAUCUGGGAUUUUCUUUCAUCACCUUCAACCGCCAUUCAGGAACAAGAACUGGAAAACAGUACAUCUAUUACAGAUGCUAA